AUGUCUGCAGGGACGGAAUUAUUAGCUACAGCCAAACCCCACUUUAUCCCAGGGUAUGCAGGAUAUUCGCCGCAAUAUCGCUUCAGAUGCGGCGAAACGUACGGAAAUACCACGCACAAAUUACUUCUCGAUCCCACAGUGAAUCAUGCAGAGGCACUCAUCUUGUCGAACCGGGUCACCGACGAUUACGAAGUUCAAAGACCGCCAAAAAAUGAUAUAGACAUAGUGAACUCGCGAUACAAAAGGACCGAUCCUAUAUUCGUUCACCCUACCAUGCCAGGGUACGAAGGUUUCACGCCAAAGCUAAAUGCCAGAAUGGGGCAAAGGUACACUGUAUUGGCCACAGAGGGACUCGCUGAAUUUGAGCGGCAACAAUUGAAAAAUAAAGCUGCUCUUAACGAACUUAAACGAACAAUAGCUAUACAAAGUGGACAGGGGGAGCCGCGAAAUUUAGAAGAUCGUUUACUCGUUAAAAGUCAAUUCAAAUUGCCUAUGCUCGCCGUUCGACCAGAUCGCGUGGGCGUAAUGAGGAACUUAGUUUUGGACGAAAAGUACGAAACGCCCAGAGAUCAUGCGCCAUCUCCCUACUUCAUGGAUAACGCGAAUCCAAAAAAAUAUUUUGUCAGCCGAUAUGCGGGCCAUAUACCGUAUGGUUAUGCGCAUUUUGGAGUAUCGAACGUUCCCGCCACCAACAGUGCGCUUUGCGACUUCACGUCGAACUAUCGAAAACGACUGAGCACGGAAUGGGCACCGGUGACAAUUUCUCAACCUGAUCCACCCCUUUUGAUUCAACCCACUAUGAUCUAUCACAAGCACGUUGGAAUGAUCCCAAAUUAUCUUGGGCACGUUCCUGGGGAGACAUUUAGAUUCGGUAAGACUUUCGGAGCUGAUACGAAAGAUGCAAAAAGGUGGCUUCGCGGUGACUUCUCCACAUAA